CUCAUAACUAAAAUCUGUAAUGGCUUCUUCUAAUACUGCCGGCUCGGCGAUCGAUGCGGAGAACGUUGGAAAACUGAUCAAACAUGCUAAAGACACGCUCGCGAACGUUAUGAGAUUAGCAAAUCAGGCCAUCGAUCAAAAUGCAGAAGUUGACCUUGGAACGAAGACAACUGAGGGGCCAAAUAACAAGCUUGAGAAAAGUUUAGAAGAUUUUUACAUUGCAUGUGACCAGCUACAGCUCUAUCUGGGGCUCAUGAGGGAAACAGCAAGUCAAACUCACAAUAGUGGAAGAUACACACCCAAACCUAUAUUCAGUAGCAAAACAGAGAACGUUGCAGGGACACAGACCUACAGUGAGUAUCUAUCGACAGUCCGCACUCAGAUAGCAGCCACAAAAGAACUUCAUGAUAUGCUGUCAGAGUUUUCCUCUGCUCAGCUACCAUAGCCAGAUUGAUAUUUAGAGCCAGUUUUCUAUUUCAAAGCACCAUUAUUGUGACCAAGGUCACUUGAACAAAUCUAACCAGGCACACUACAAGAAAUGGAUUUUACUUCCAACUAAAUUUAAGAAUUGAGAUGGAAUUCAAGAUUGUUUCCUGUCAUCACGUUGGUAAUGGCAGAUUUUCUUGUAACUGCUUUGUCUUUCUGGGCUGAGUUAUUCAAAGCCUUUUAAAAAAUACCUCUCAAUUCAAACCACAUGAAUUGCAGAUGGAAGCUCUUGUUGCCCCCAUAUUCUGCUGGAAAAAAUUACGAUAACAUUACAACAAAUGAGCAAACAGUGUAAGAAAAUGUACACAAGAAAUGUAUAAGUAAUGUACAUUAGUACACAACAAAAAAACAAAUUUAAGAUUUGCUUCUUUGGCAAAGGAGAUGCAAUUUUACAUUAAAUGGUAUGUCGAUAAAAUUACUGAUGCCGGCUAAUAAGAACUAGGCGAUGUUUAAAGGAAAGCGGGAGUUUCGCUUCCCUCGGUUUCUGUAUGGACUGGUUGAGCCAAUAGUAGUCCGUGUCAGUGUCUGUGUAUGGGGGGGCAUAAUAAUCUGCAUGUUACGAUACGACACGAUACGAGAACUUUAUUUGUACAAGGUAUUUCCAUCAGUCAAUUAAGAUACCACACUAUCUACCUAUCUACCUAACUACGAUAAAAAUAAUAAAAAUGUUUCAUAAAUAAAAACUGCUUUUCAUGGAG